AUGCAGCGCGCGAUCGCGUCCAUGGCGGUGCUGCUGGUGCUCCUGGCGGUGCUAUCAGCGGCCGGUGCUGUCAGGGGUGUGGGUGCAACUGGGGGACAGGGAGCCGAAGCGGGGGUUGGAACAAAUCGGCCAUCGUUGAUCAGGUUUGAGCAAGAGUUGCUGCCGCAGUGGCUGGCUCAGCACGCGAUUGGGCCUCUGGGGCAAUAUCGAUUUGCGGUGAGCGAGAAGGAGCCACACUUUUACGGCAUUACGGAUGUCGUGCACCUUCUCCACUUUGUGAAUCAACUUCAAAACUGGACGGCUGAGCAGCGCGCACACGUUGCAGACCAGAUUCAAGGUUUUCAGAAUAGCACGGGCUUUUAUCGCCUGGCUGGUUUGGAGACGACUUCGUGUGGCUAUCAGCCAUGGCACGCUUCCGCCUACGGCGCAUCUGCCCUCGCGCUCCUCGACACUCGGCCUCGCUACAACAAUACGCUGUAUGCUGCGCUAGCGCGCAACUCUUCAACCUGGGCCCCGACGUUUGAUGCGCUCUACAACGUUGACCCCGGCCUGGGUUGCGGCAGCAUUCACGAUUGUGCACACAAAAUCGUGGCCAUUCCUGCCGUUCUCACAGCCGAGAGUGGAUUGACUGUGUAUGGGGACUUUUUGACCUGGUGGAACAACUGGCUUUUUGCCAAGUUGGAUCCAGUGACCGGCGCGCUGUGCCCGGCCGCACAAAAGGCGUUGCACGGAGAAGGCGUUUGUUUGGGCUCGGGCGCUGCCGCUCAUUUCAUGCUCAACUUUGAGAAUCGCUACCCUUGGCCAUAUCCCAACGCCACUCGAAGCUUUGCGCUAUCACAACAGCUGGCAUCUGGAUUAUGGAGCCCCCCAACGUCGUGGCUUAACGUAGAUGGCGUCUUCCUUGCCACACGCUCCAACUCAAGCUACCUGGAUCAAGAUGCAGCCCACUGGCCAGCCGUCCGCAAGGCAUGCACAACCUUUGUAGCUGCGGCUGCGGCGCUGCUGAACAAUGCCACGCUGGUUCUGGGAGAACUUAGCCUGAUCAGUACCCACUCGCUACCUGGUUGGUUCCGGCAACCACUCGUGUCGCCCCUUUGA